AUGGAAAGCGUAAAAGCCUGUAGAAUUUGUUUAAAAAUGGAUACAAAAUUUUCUGUUUUACACCCAAAAAGUUUAGGAUUGUGUUAUGAAUUACUGACAGGAACAAGUGUACAAAAAGGUUUAAUAAAAUAUGCUUGUUUUGAGUGUGCUGCUCUAUUAAAAAAAUAUUUUUGCUUUCGGCAAAAAAGUCUUCGCAGCCAAUUUGUGUUGGAAAAUAUAUUAGAGCACUGUGGAAAGAUAACAUCAACACAUAUAAAUAAAAUUGAUAGGCAAAGCUUACUUUUAAGUUCAAAUCUAAGCAUAAAUGAAAUUCAACUAAAAGACAAUGAAUUAUUAGAAGAUAUACCUUGCGCAGAAGAAAAGUUUAGUGUAGAGAAUAAUGAUGAUGUAGACUUUCAUUGGACAUGUUCAAGUGACGAAGAGCCCAAAAUUAAAAAUGAGGAAAAUUUAGUUAUUGAAGUUCCAGUUAAAAAGGAAGUUGCAGUCAAGGGCAAAAAACGUAAGGCAAAACAACAAAAGGCCCAGAGAUGGAUAAGAAAGAAAAAGAAUGUGCGGAAGCAAAAUGGUGUUAAGAAAGGAGACCAUAAAAAAUCUGUUCCUGCCACAUUUAGUAAGACUGUUGCAGAUGAGGAGUUAUAUAAGCAUGUUGCCAUUGUUAAUUUAACAGUGGAUGAACAAUAUGAAGAGGUGCGUAGACGCCAGGAGUCCAGCAAUUAUUUGAACUCAUUCUACAAAUGUGAAAUCUGUUUCAAAGGUUUUAUUGACGCACGCGCAUGGCAGAAUCACAAUAAACAACACAAUGAGGGUGAAGUCCAGUGCGACGUAUGCAAGUUACGAUUCCGCAGUAAGGUGAUCCUCAGCAGACAUGUGAAGUACCACAGUACCAAGUAUCACUGUUUGCAGUGUCCAUACAUCUCUCAGGGCAUUUCUCAAGCAAAACUCCACUUGUUAUGGCACAGAGGCGUCACAUACGAUUGCGAUCAUUGUGGCGAGAAGUUUAGACAACGCAUGUCGUAUAUAACACACCUGCGAAUGAAGCAUCCGUCAGACUGGGUGUGCGGUGUUUGCGGAAACACCUUCGUCUCUCAAAUGGGCUUGUUGCAGCACAAGAGUCUGCGACACACCCAAGUAAACGAAAAGACUGAAAUAGAAGAAAACCCUGAGGCGCCAUUUUGCGAGUUAUGUGACGUGAAGUUCGCGUCUCCAGAAGCAUUUAAGCGUCACUUGGUCCAGGCACGCAAACACGUGGCUACGGCCGAGAACAAAUACGGGUGUCGAGAAUGCGGGGAAUCCUUCAAGACGCCGAAGGAGCUCCGAGAUCACACCCGGGCGAGACCGGAAUGUCUGCGAAAGCCGAGUUACUCCACGUCACCCGCUAAGAACAAUGGCGACCCGCGCUCGUGGCCCAUGAACUGUCCACAUUGUGGCAAGGAGAUAGCGAAUGCGUACAUCUACUCGUGGCACUUCCGCACAGCACAUCCCGAGAAAGAUUAUUACGCGGGAUGUGAUUCUAUAUGCGAUGUUUGCGGGAAGGGAUUUCCGAAACGUCUUCUAAGCGCUCACAUCGCCAAACACUCGGUCGGUGGACCGAACGAGCUAAAUGGAGGAGGCAAGUGUGAGACGUGUGGCAAAGUGUGUGUGAGCCGCAGCUCUUUAUACGCACACAGACGCACGCACUCGGAAGCUCGUCCGCACGUGUGUACGGUGUGCGGAAUGGGAUUCAAAGCUAAAAGUGUGCUACAGAGACAUGGAUUGGUGCAUACGGGCGAGAAGCCUUACACAUGCGAGUUGUGUGGCAAAUCUUUUAGCCAGUCCAACACCUGCCAACAACACAUACGGACAGUACAUCACAAACUGCCGCCAUUGUACGUCAGCCGAUCUAAACGCGAGCGUAUGAUGAGGCGUCAUGCUCUUGCGCAGUAA